GCUACGCCGAAAUACUUCAAUUGAGAUUAGGAGUAUGUUUAUGUUCAAUUUGAUAUAUUGCAAAUAUAUCGAACUGAAUAUUAAGCAUCUUUUAAUCUCAAUUGUAGUAUUGGCUCGCCGACAAUAACAAAUCCUGAAUACACAGUAGUAAGGACGCAAACCCAGCAAUGACCACAGAACAUCCGGGGGGAGGGGGGUACUUUGGGGCAAUGACGUUAGAGAGUCGGAAGCAGCUAAUAGAUGGCGACAGUAUCAGUAAAAAACCUUGUUAUCAUUUUGUGCAAGGGAGUGGGCAAUCUAUAGUUGUCUUCAUCUAUGGUUAGGGUCACAAAAUAUCCCCCCUAUGUAUGUUCUGUGGUUAGGGUAAGAAACAGCUGUAGGGUGGAUGAAAACAAGUAAUGAGCUGUAGGGCUCCGCCACAUCAUGAACUGCAGUGGAAUACAGGAAAACGUGAGUUCCAACUUGCGGAGCCAACAGAACCGCAAGCUGGCAUAUCGGGAAUUGUUGAGCAGAACCGAGAAGCUAGACGAAGCGGGCGAUAUGGGUCUGGAAACCGCCCAAGAGAUCGGUGAUAUUCUCCAGCAAGCCAACGCGCUGAAUGAAGAGGUGCGGAUCGAAGAUCGAGUGCAGAACGCCGACGAGACUUUGCUAGACUUCAAAGUGAUCUCUUCGGCUAGUGAGAUUAUGAAAAAAUGCAUCCAUUCUGUGGAUGUCUUCACUGCUACAUAUGAGCCUGCGGAGUUCGCCCUGAAGCUGACGCAAUACAUGAACGAGGAGAGUGAAGAACCAGAUUUAUGUACACUGAUGUCAUUGGCCCGUUUGAUAGUGCCGGAGGUGCCCCUUGAGCGGCAUCUAUAUGGAGCGUAUGACCUGGCCAACGUGCCGCAACCCAAGCAGAAGGAACGCUCCCAGAGAGCACCGACCGAAAAAAUGGCAAGAAAGGCACCUGAGAAAGUGGUGAGCGUCGAUCAGGAAGAGGCCCAUAUACAGAAAAUCGUCGAAAGCAUGAACAGCGUGCUGAACGAGGCGUACAAAUGCAACCAUCAACGUCCUAUUAAUUACUACGACUAUAUCAUCGACACUGAGAGCUACGCAACCACCAUAGAGAACAUGUUUUACUUUGGCUUUCUGAUUCGGGACGGCAAGGCCUCCUUGGACUUGGUUGACCUGGUGCCGAUGAUCAAGCCAAUGAAGAAACACCAAGCCGAAGCGCACCGAGCCAAUGGGGGGCAGAAUUCCCAAAUUAUUUCCUCCAUUAACAUGGACACUUGGGAGAAAUUCACUAAAGAAGGGCUACUGCAAAAACACAGGAUAUCCAGCAACAACUAAGACUGGCGGUUUAUGUAAAAACUGUAUUUUCCUAAAUAUAAUAAAUUAUGAAUCAUCAAAGGUCAUCCGGCCGA